AUGGAUCCCAACGUAACCGACCUACUUCACGAUUUUCCACCAUUCUUCCGAGUCCACAAAAAUGGCAAAAUCGAAAGGUACUUAGAACCCGAUUUUGUGCCGCCGUCGCACGAUCCAACCACCAAUGUACAAUCGAAAGACGUUGUAAUUUCGCCGGGAAAACCCGUUUCAGCUAGGCUGUACAUCCCCAAAAGUGUAACUCCCAAUCAAAAGCUGCCACUCCUUAUCUACAUCCACGGCGGCGCUUUUUCAAUCGAAUCGGCGUUUUCUUCCCUAUACCAUAACUAUCUCAAUAGUCUAGUAGCCGAAGCUAAGGCCAUUGCAGUGUCUAUUGAAUAUAGAUUAGCGCCGGAACAUCCUGUUCCGGCGUGUUAUGACGAUUGUUGGGAGGUAAUUAAGUGGGUAGAAUUGCAUGCUGGUGGACAAGGUCCGGAUCCAUGGUUGAAUGAAUUCGCGGAUCUCGACCGGGUUUUCCUCGUCGGCGACAGCGCUGGAGCCAAUUUAUCUCAUAACAUGGCAAUACGAGCCAGUAUCGACGAAUCCAGAUCUGCUAUCAAAAUUGUCGGUAUAGUUUUGGUUCAUCCAUUCUUUGGGAACCACGAACCUAACAAGCUUUGGAAUUUCAUUUGCCCAGAAACGACAGGGUUGAAUGACCCGAGACUGAAUCCGGCUGCGGAUUUGGAUAUAUUAUCGAGAUUAGGGUGCAAAAGAGUGUUGGUUUGCGUUGCAGGGAAUGAUUUGUUGAAGGCAAGGGGCCAGACUUACUACGCCGCAGUGAAGAACAGCAAUUGGAAGGGUGAAAUUGAAAUUAUAGUGACUGAAGGAGAAGAUCAUGUAUUUCAUUUGUUUAAGCCGACUUCAGAAAAUGCUGUUUUCUUGUUGAAGAAAAUUGUUGGCUUCAUGAAUAAGGACAAGCUUCCCUCUGUUCUUUAG